CACAAAGCUGGUGCUUGCGAUAUGUACAUGAUAUUUACAGAUAUAUAAAUAUACAACAAUGGCUAAUGUUUUUGGGAGGUUUGGUUUAGACCGUUGUGAUCUCCCGACAAUAUUCUGGAACGUUGGGGUGAUUUUGAGGGUAUUAACUAUUAAUAUCAAUAGGAGACAUGCCCGACCUAUUCCCUGUAUACUUUAUCUUUUCACCAUAUUUAUUGGCGCAAGCUACGUCUAUGUUUACAUAGUUUCCGUGCUUUGGUUUGUGCUGGUGCGGUGUCCGGAGACAGGAGACUUCAUUAGCGCUAUGGUUGCGAUCUCUUUAACUAUGUGCAGUAUCACGUCCAUACCUAAGUUAUUUUACAUGAAGUAUUACAGUAAAACUGUGAUGAAGUUGAUUGAUGAUUAUCUACAUUGUAAUGGAUUAGUGGUGAGAGGAACACGUUUCGAGACAAAUAUUCUGAAAGUUCUUAAAGUGGUUAAGACUCAAGCCACGAUGGCUUGGACCGUGUUGACCUUGAACGGCCUUAUAUACAUAAGUGUGCCUUUUUUAAGACCUGGUCGUCAUUUUUCUGAAGAUUUAUUUGUUUUAUAUGGUUUGGAACCGAUGAGAGAAUCGCCAAACUAUGAAGUAGCAUCGGUUUUAUUGACAUCAGCAGUAAUCUUCUCUGUUACUGCUUCUGUUCAUGUAACAUUAUUCAUAAUUGUCAUAGUUGGAUAUUUGGAAGCACAAAUGCUUGCUCUCAGUAAAGAAAUGCUCAAUAUUUGGGAUGACAGUGAAAAAUAUUACAACGUUUAUAAACUAUACAACAACCCAGCCAUGAAGAGUAGAGCAAGAAAUAUUUUUUUGAAGAUACGCCUACGUGAUAUCGUAAAAUUUCAGAUAGUGAAUGUAAAUCUGAGAAAUAAAGUAGAACAUGAACUUCGUUUUAUUUUCGUAAAUGAUUUAAUUUUCAUUAUACUAGCACUCGUUACUGAACUUGUCGGUGGACUAGAAAAUACUUGGAUACAAAUGCCGUUUACAUUUGGUAUAAUAUUUAUAGAUUGCUACAUAGGACAGAGGCUAAUCGAUGCUAGCAAAGAAUACGAAAACGCGAUUUAUAAUUGUAAAUGGGAGAACUUCAAUGUAGACAAUCAGAAGACCGUUCUGUUUAUGUUACAAUGUUCGCAGAAAACAAUGACAUUAUCAGCUGGUGGAUUUGCAGUUCUCAAUUUCGCUUCCUUGAUGUCGAUGCUUCGUUCUACUUACUCUGCAUAUACGACACUUAAAUCUACUGCACAAAAAUAAUACAUUGCGAGUUGAAUCAAUUUAUGUCUGUUCUAUAGAUAGAUUUACUAUAACAUACAUACAUUGCUUUAAGUACAUGUUUCUAUUUGAAAUCUGUGGCUAAAAAUGUAGUAAACAAAUAAAAUGAUUAUUUGGAAAAAAAAAAACAAUAAAAGUAGGUAAGAAAAGAGUAAAUACAGUCUGUCAUAUGUAUGUAAAAAAAGACUUUAAGUCUUAUUGUUAAAGAAGUAUAAUAUAUGUAUGUCACCACAGACAGACACUUCUAAUCUUCAGUAAUUGUACAAUUAAAGAUACUUGUAUUAAUAGUUGUAGUAAUAGUCUGUCCUUCGUGUUUCAAUUUCCUCUUUUAAUAGAGGUAAUAGUGAUUAAGUGUCGAUUGUAUUAAGUCUAUCGAACAUAUUUUCUUAGAGAUGUAAAAUUAUUCAGAUGAUACAUUUGGUUUUUCACAAAACUCAGUAAA